AUGAGAACCGGAAGCGCGCUCGGUUUCAACUUCGUUGACCGCGUCAUUCGGUCAUACGACCGUGCACGACGUCCCGCGUCCUGCUCAGGAAUCGCACUCGCCCACCAUCACUUGGACCUCGUGUCUUUGCGAGGGUCUUCGGCCAUGGACAGUGGAAGCCCUGACGCUGGUCCAUCUCAAACGGGCUUAGCCGGACUGCCCGCUCCAGAGUCGUACUCGCUCUCCAUCAAGUCGCUGUCUAGCGUCGCGCCACCGCCGGAAUGGAGCAUCCCUCUCGCAAUCCCCAUCACCGUACCUCGAUCGGUGCAAAAGCGACUCAACAAGGGCAAGGAAUUGGUCGCCAAGGAGCUCUUGAGGAACGUCAAUGUCGAGGUCCGCGCCGGUGAGGUGUUGGCAUUGUGAGUUGCGAAUAGGGGUCGCCUCGGACUCUACACGGUCCUCGAUCCGACCUGCACUGCGUGCCCUCGCACCAGGCGUCAUCCAUAUGCCGCAUAGCAAUUAGUAGUGCCACAUUAACCCUGCUUUGUAUACGAUAUGGUGAAUACUGACUUUUGAAUCUCUAGAACUGGAGGGUCGGGGUCUGGGAAAACGUGAGUCCGGUCUCUGCGCCUAAUCCGAGGUUUCGACGAUGUCCUCCCUUCGCCGACGAGCUCCGUUUGAAGGCUCCUCCCUUUACGCAAAGGCUGACAUAGGCUCUCGUUUCUCGUUCAAAAACAGGACCCUUCUCGACACAAUAGCCUGUCGGAACACGACUCUCGAGAUGUCCUCCGGAUCUGUCACCUUUGCCCCUAAAGACUUUGGUUCCAUCCCGGCUGGGGCGACUCGUAGCAAAGGCAAGGUUAAUACCCGCAAGCUCAUCGGAUACGUUCGACAAGACGACUUCCUCCUGCCUUAUCUCACUGUGCGGGAAACCCUAACCUUCGCGGCGGCGCUUCGACUACCUCGGUCGGUUACCCGCCAGCAACGGGGAGCGAUCGUCGAGCAGACGAUCAACGAGCUCGGGUUACGCGAUGCGGCCGAAACCAUCGUCGGUGGACUGUUUCGCAAGGGCAUAUCGGGUGGAGAAAAACGUCGGUUGUCGAUCGGCUGCGUGUUGGUCACCCUGCCUUCAGUACUCGUGCUCGACGAACCGACCACAGGUCUGGACUCGUUCACCGCGUUCGCUCUCCUCGAAACCCUGAGUGCCUUGGCCAAACAAGGUCGAAUCAUCGUCCUGAGUGUCCAUCAACCCCGACCAGAUUGUUUCAAGCUCUUCGACAAGAUCACACUCCUCUCUCGCGGCUCCGUCGUCUACUCUGGGCCUCGAAUGUCAAUUCUCGACUAUUUCAACAGGUUGGGUCACCCUUUGCCCGUGCUGGCCAACCCACUUGACUUUAUCAUCGACAUUUCGAGCGUUGAUACGAGGCAUGAUAUCGCGGAGGUCGAGUCCAGUGAGCGAGUCAACAAGCUCGUUUUGGCUUGGACCGCCUACGAAUUCGCCACCGGCACAAAGCGCCUGACCGACGAACACGAUUUGGAAGUUUCAAAGGCGGAACCGGGUCUGAACGGCGACGCAGAUGGCGGGAUCACGAGGAGAGACUCCCGCUCUCAGGGCAAUAUGCGACAAGAGCGGGUUGACGCAAGGCCGGGGUGGAUCGCCCAGACGGGGUACUUGACGGUUCGAGGACUGCGCAACGUCUCACGAAACUAUGGCCAAAGUCUUGGCUUCCUCGCGCAGGCUGUCAUGUGCGUGACCUAACAAUGAACCAUGAAGAACAUAUGAGCCUGAUCGAUUGUCGUCUUUUCGAUGAGCAGAAUCGGUAUAGUCGUCGGUUUGGCCUUCUACCACCCUCCAGAAACACCGGCCGGUAUCCAGUCGAUCAAAACGGUCGUAUUUCAGUCAACCCCCGCCUUCUUCUACCUGUCCAUCAUCGUAUGGUGCUUCAUCCUCGUCGAAGAUCUCGUGGUCUUUGAUCGUGAAAAUGAGGAUGGACUGGUCCAGGCAGUGCCGUAUCUACUGGGUUCGUUCCUGAGCUACCUGCCCACGAACGCCUUCGUCUCGAUCGUCCAUUGUCUCAUCAGUGAGUCACGGCGACCUACCUUCGCUCUGCGCGCAUUUGCUGAAGUGGAAACGAAUUACGCGCACCAGUUUACUUCAUGUGUGGCUUCCGCCGUGACAACCUCGCCAUCAACGUCCUCAGCUUCUGCGCGAACGGGAUCAUGGUUCAGCUCUCAAGUUUCGGAUACGCGGCCAUGUGCUGCGCGAUCAAUCGCUCCUUCGCCCAAGCGAGUCUAUUGGCCAACGGGUUCUCGAUCAGUUUUAUCCUCACUGCCGGCUACCUGAUCGUCAAUUUGCCCGCUUGGAUCGCCUGGCUUCGCUGGCUGGGUCCUUACUUCUACGGCUUCCACUGGAUCGCAACGCUGCAGUUCAAAGGGCGGAUCUUCGCUUGCGAAGGCGUUACGGGCGUGGCUAAGAACCAGUGUAUCGGGGACAACGUCUUGACCGGUCUGCGAUUCCCCACCGCGACCCCACUACUGGUCUACCCCCUUGGGCCUCCUCGGCUUCGUCGUUGGUGUUCACGUCCUCGCCCUCUUGCUUCUUUCAUUCUACCAUCCCGGCGGGGUCAAACAUGCUGCAACCCAACCGAGUCGAGAGCAGAGUGCUGCGGUCUUGGAAAAAGACCGGCAAGCCGAUGCGGCGAGUGGCAAACAACUGGUCGAUAUCAGGGUCCGCGGACUGGGGCUCACCGUCACUAGUCGUUCGAUUGCCUCGAGAGGUAAAAAGGUCGAGAAGAUCAUCUUGAACGACGUCGACGCCUUCUUUCCCGCGGGUAAAGUCCGCGCAAUAAUGGGACCUUCGGGCGUGAGUAUUGAUAGGGCACUCUUACUAUCGCUCCAGACCUUGUUCGUACUGACCUGCUUCUCAUUUUAUGCCAGGCGGGGAAGAGUUCGCUGCUCCAAGUCUUGUCUGGGCGACUCAAAUCGGGCGCCACGUCUGUGUUUUCGACCUACGGUUCCGUCACCUUCAACGAUCGCCCUUACGACUCUUCGCUCGCUAGCUUGAUGGCCUUCAUCGAGCAAGAAGAUGCGCACCACUUGCCGGCCCUGACCGUGCACGAGACAUUGCGUUACGCUGCACGUCUUCGGCUGCCUGGCCAAAGCCUCUCGCAGUGCGACGCUCGAGCCGAAGAGGUCCUGCGCAUUCUCGGCCUCAAGCUUUGUGCCGACAACCUCGUCGGUGGCCCUCUCCUGAAGGGUAUCAGCGGAGGAGAGAAACGACGACUGUCACUGGCCGUGCAACUGAUCGAUGACCCGCCCGUCCUCUUUGCCGACGAGCCCACCUCGGGCCUGGAUAGCUUCACGGCUUACAACAUCAUGCUCACGCUGAAAGAUCUAGCGAAUCAAGGCCGGACAAUCAUUGUUUCGGUCCAUCAACCUCGAUCGGAUGUUUGGGACAUCUUUGAUCAUGUGCUAUUGCUCGCCAAAGGAGGUCUCACAGCCUACUCCGGGCCGCGGACCGACAUCCUCAAGACGCUCGAGAGCUGUGGUGCCGUUUGCCCGACAGAUUUUAACCCCGCUGACUUUGUUCUCGACGUGAUUUCGGUCUCUUACCGCGAUUCGCUGGAGGAGAAACGGUCGGCUGCGCAAGUCGAGCGCAUCAUCCAGGUGUGGCGGACGAGUAACCACGAGUUUGCCCAAUCUUUCUCGCCAUCACCGCAAGCGUCCCCUCUCGGUACGCACAAGCAACUCACCGCGCCAUUCAUUCGUGCAUUACCCGUCUUACUCUCUCGGUCGUUCAAGAACUUGCGACGGCAGAGUGACGUCUUCGUCGCCCGUUUCGCGAAUCCACCGUUCCUCGCUCUCCUCUUCUUCCUUUUCUUUGGCCGGCUCAGCCUCGGGCCAGGCAGCGCGCAAACACGUGUGGGCGCCCUUCAAGAGACGACAGCGUUGCCAUUUGUUGGUGAGUACUUCACGCAUCACUGCACUGUACAUUUUAAGGAACGCCGACUAGCAGUUCCUACCCCGCAGGUAUGCUGGCGUGCUUGUCCAUCUUCCCAACGGAGCGAGGUCUGUUCUUCCACGAAUGGCGAAGCUCUGGACGACAUGGCGUGGCAGCUUUCCUCGUUGCGUACUCGCUCCAAGAAACGGCCGUCUCGAUCGUGUCAUCGCUGUUGUGGUCGGUCGUGUUCGUGUUCGGGAUCAAGCUUCAGCAAACUCCGCGGAUUUUCAUCGAGUUCUGGCUGACGUCCUAUGCCCUGAUCUCGACCGGAGAAUCGAUCGGAGUGAGUGCUCCGUGCUGUAACAUCGUCUCACGUCUGCAAUCGCUCACUCUUCGCCGUCUGCCCCUUCUCAGAUCAUCUUCAGUAGCUUCUUCGAAAAUGGAGGACUCGCCGUUUCGCUUGUGUCAGCCUCAAUCACAAUGUUCGCUCAAUUAAACGGUAUCAUCUCCGUGACGGUACCAAAGUGGCUGCAGAUUAUCGGAUGGGCGACGGUGACUAAGUCCCAAGCGCGUGUUCAGAUCAUCAACGAGUUCAAGGGCCUCGUCUUUGAUUGCACAUCCCAGGAUAUCGCAUCGGGCGCUUGCGUCGUUGGUAAGCUUGAGGUCUACGGGCUAUGCAACGGUCUUUGAUACUGAUGCAUUCCAUGCUCGAUGAUCUUCUAUAGCCACUGGAGAAGAGCUGCUCCAGACAUUCAGUAUCGCACCGUCGGGAACUGGUCAGUCGCGAGCAGCAUGACCUUCGCAUCUGCCCUGCCUUCAAGCGAACUGACCUCUCUCAUCCUAUCCCAUUCCGUUCCGACAAUCAGGCAAAUUCUUGGGAAUCGCACUUGCAUUGACCCUCAUGUUUCGCAUUCUCUCGUACAUAGCACUGCGUGUCAGAGUGGCCACCUUAUAG